ACACAAGAACGACCAUUUCAAUACCUGUUUUUCGAUUGUCGGUUAAGGUUAAUGCCGGAGUAAAUGAGUAGCAUAUGAUUCAUCGAAAAAAAAAUCAUUCAUCAAAACGACCAAAGCCGUCGCAUUAGAAAAUUUAUCAUAGUACUCUCAACAAAAUACAGUUCUAUUUUCCCAACGUAUUUUCCUAUUCAAAUACCUAAUAUAAGUCAGCCAUUAGUCCAGUGUUUUAUAACGACCAAGUACAUAAUAUCUCAUUGAAUUAAAAUCUCUAGGUAAAAACAGUUGCAGACCGAAUGAUAUCAAUCGUAACUGCUAACAUCACGGUAAAUCCACCGAGCACGAGCAGUGGAACGACAAAGAAAGGUAAAAACCAAAACCACACAAAUGAAACGUUCAUUAUCGGCCAUAAUCUACAACCGAGUACGAGUCCGCGGACUGAUCAAUCUGAAGCCGAAACGAUUGAUGCUGGAAACUUACAAAUCACCGUACAGCAAAAUAAAAAUGAUAUGGCGAUUACCAUAGGUAAAAAAGAGAAUAAAACAAAACAGGACAAAAAUGUUACGGUAGAGGUUACACACCAAGAUGAAACACAGCCAAAAAAAAAUACACCAGCGUUUACCCGGAAAACUACAACUCGGAAAAAAUCACCGGGUAAAAAAUAAUAAACGUUUCAUUUAAU